GAGAUUACAAUGGUAUUCUUUCCGCCGAGAUGGGUCCCAUCGCUGCCAUUUGGUCUGUAUUUUCAAGUCUGCCCUUUCUUCACACAACAAUUUUGACAUUAUGAUGUAGACCCACCGGAUUCGGUGCCCAUCCAUCAAUUCAUGCAAGAUGAAUCGAUCCGCCCGGUGCCAAUUACUAAGAGCCACCAUCCGUUUACCUGCGGAGUCACGGGUGCGACUUACACCCACCAAGAGUUCUUUGACAGAUCCGAGAGACUUUCCCGAACACUUGCAAACCAACAUGGCUGGGCCCCAGACGCUCAGACACCAUGGGACAAGGUUGCUUGUAUCUUCUCACUCAACACCAUCGACUACAUGACAGCGGCGUAUGCUGUCCACCGCCUCUCUGGAAUCGUAACGCCUGCCAACGCCGUAUACACGCCCGCAGAGCUAGCCCAUCAACUCACAUCGUCUGGCUCAAAGGCGCUCUUCACAUGCCCUUCCCUCAUCACCACCGCUGUCGCGGCUGCUGAGAUAGCAGGCCUUCAGCGGCGACAUAUCUACCUGCUGCCAGUUACCGGCGAAGCGGUCCCUCAGGGCAACGACCUGUGGACGCUGGAGGACAUGAUCAGCAAAGGCUCAUCACUGACACCAGUACCGCCACUUGUCUUUGGUAAAGGUCAAGGCGCGGAGCAACCGGCUUUUCUCUGUUAUUCAAGCGGCACGUCUGGGAACCCGAAAGCAGUAAUGAUCUCGCAUCGCAAUGUGAUCGCAAACAUUCUGCAGAUGUACGCAUAUGAGUCCCGGGGUCGUCAGGAGAAGCGUGUCGAGUCCCAAGUACUUCUUGCUCCCCUGCCCAUGAGUCACAUCUACGCACUGGUCGUCGCUGCUCACGUCGCCGUAUGGCGCGGCGACGGCUUCAUUAUCCUGCCAAAGUAUGAGCUCGAGAGCUUUCUUGGUGCAAUACAGAGAUUCAAAGUUCAGCAGAUACUAGUGGUACCACCAAUCCUGCUCCAGAUCCUACGCUCAAGGGAUAUUUGUGCAAAAUACGAUUUAAACAGCGUACGAUUCCUCUUCAGCGGUGCAGCGCCGUUGGGAGAGGAGACUAUUAAUGAAAUCAAAAAUGUGUACCCGAAGUGGACUAUCGCUCAGGCUUAUGGCAUGACCGAGACGAGUGUAUGUGUUACCGUCCCCAGCGAGCACGAUAUCGUCCCAAGGGCGUCGGGGUCACUCCUGCCAGACAUGGCCAUUAAGCUCUUGGGCGAGGACGGCAAAGAGAUCACAACUCACGACCAGCCGGGUGAGAUCUAUGUCCGCAGCCCGUCGGUCGUCCUGGGCUAUCUUCGCAACGACAAGGCGAACUCGGAGACUUUCAUCAGUGGUGCGGACGGCCGCUGGAUAAGAACCGGAGAUAUCGGGUUGAUGACAAAGGUUCCAUCUGGUAAUGAGCAACUCGUCAUCGUAGACCGGAUCAAGGAGAUGAUCAAGGUGAUGGGUCACCAGGUUGCACCAGCCGAGCUUGAAGCACAUCUGCUCGCACACCCGUUGGUUGCAGAUUGCGCCGUCAUUCAGAUCCCUGAUCCCAAGGCUGGAGAGGUACCGAAAGCAUUUGUUGUCCGAUCGCCGACUGCCAUGUCGGAAGCGGAGGGUAGCGUGUCGGCCGCCCUGAAGGCAUGGGUCACCGACCAUAAAGCUCCCUACAAGGCUUUGAGAGGGGGUAUUGAGUUUGUGGAUGUCAUCCCGAAGAGCCCCAGCGGCAAGAUUCUGCGACGAGAGCUAAGAGAGCGAGAGAAGGGAAAGCUUACACCUAAAGCAAAGUUGUGA